AUGGCCGGCAAAAAAGGCGACAACAGCAAGAAGGUGGCUGGCAACGCCCGCAAGGCCGAGGCCGCCGCUCAAAAGUCGGCCAUCGAGGACGCCCGGCAGGAAACCGCCGAGGCGGACAAGUGGCAAAAGGGAGCCAAGAGCAACGCAAAGAAGGAGAGCGAGGCCGCCAAAAAGGCCGAACAGACCAGGAAAAAGGCCGAAAAGGAUGCGCUCCUCAAGGAAGAAGAGUCCACCAUGGGUGGCCGCGCCGAGCCCAAGAAGUCAAAGGCCCCCAUCAAGAAAUCGCGCGGCCUCGACCUGUCGCAGCUUGACGGCGACUCCUCGGCCUCGGCCCUCAACGCCUCGGGCAUCGACAACGCCCUCGACGCCCUUUCCCUGACGGCCGGCGCCGACGACAGCAAGAUAGACAAGCACCCGGAGAAGCGGUUCGCGGCCGCAUACGCAAAGUACGAGGAGAGGCGACUGCAGGAGAUGAAGGCAGACGGCAGCGGCACGGGCCUGCGGCUAGAGCAGCGGAAGCAGAGGAUCCGCAAGGAGUUUGACAAGAGCCCCGAGAAUCCCUUCAAUCAGGUCACGGCCGCAUACAACGCGACGCGGGACGAUCUCUCACAGACCAGGGCACACGAAAUGUCAAAGGUGGAGAAGCGCCUGGGCCAGUAG